ACGCAUCGACCUUGAUCAUGUUUUGACUGUAGAAUUGAAGUCAACUGUCUUCAUUCUUCAAGCUAGUUACACUGAGAAGAUGUAUGAUCGUUCGAGCCGAGAUCUUAGUAAGCCUGUUAAUACAACAAUUGACACUGUUGGCCCAGGAAGUUAUGAACUACCAGGCUUUUUACAUGGCAGAAAGCGCGACACAGUUGGUUAUGCACCCUUUGGUUCUAUGACAAUCCGAGAAACAUUCUUUGACGUCAAUGACCAAACAAUUGCUGCCCCAGGUCCUGGACAAUACAAUCCACUUUUGAAAAAUUUGGAUCGUGUUAAAGGUGGACAGUCUUUAUCAAACACAUCCAAAAGAUUUGGUGAUUCAAAUGAGGCAAUCCCUGGACCUGGGACAUAUAACCUAUCUAAGCAUUCCGAUUGGAUAAAACAAGUACCACAAAAACCUGUGCAACAGGAAGAGAAUAUUUCACAAGGAAGGCGUAUAGUAUUUCUGAGGAAGAUUGACCCCCCUUCCAUUCCCUCUCCUGGAAAAUCGUAUGGCUACGAGGAAGCAACAGAUGGGUCCCUCAAACCUCAGAAAAUGCCAGAUAAAGAUAUAUCAAUGGGACCAGCUUACUACAAUGUAGAUCAUAGAGAUACGCAGACAUCACGUAAUUAUAGAGGAGUCUUCUUUGGGAAGAAGGAUUCAAAACGACAUAAUUUCAAGGGAAACAGUCAGGGGCCCGGGCCAGGCGCGUAUAAUCCUUACGAUGCACCGGAUAAUAAAGCACCGAUUGAUUUGAUAAUAGAGGAACACAACAAAAGAUUCUUUGAAGCUAAGAUUCCCAGAUAUCAUGAACUUAUUCCCAAGGACGAACAAAGAAAGGGUGUACCAGCUCCAGGUCAUUACCAAAUCAAAAGUCAAUUUGAACACCAAAAAGCGACGUCUGAGACAGACCACACGGCGUUGGUCGCCCCAUUUGGUUCACAAGCCAGAAGAUUUGAUGGUAGCUCGAAUGGAUUCCCUGCACCUGGAAGUUACAACGAUCCCAGGACAGCUUUUGAAACGUUGAAAAGGGUGAAAGGCAUCAAAGCAAGUCCGUUCGGUCAAACAUCGAUCAGAUUUUACGAUAACAAACAUAGUAAAAGUGUACCAGGUCCUGGUUCAUACAAUGUCCCAGAUCAUGUCUCGAACAUUAUCAAAAAAAAUGUCAUGACCAACAAGAAGAAAGCAGCUUUUGGUAGUUCCUCAGUGCGAACAGCACCAAUCACAAGAACAGACGAAGACUUGUUCCCAGGACCGGCACAUUAUACCAACACCGACAAGAAUGUCAAGAAACCAACGCAAGAUGCUCAACUAUCCUCCACGUUUGCUUCGAUGACAGACAGGCUGCACACACCACCUCCCAUCGUUAAAGAAAUUCCCCCACCCGGCUCAUAUGAGGUUAGAAAAUCGUAUGACAAAACUCAAGGCCGUGUGUUGUAUCCAUACUCGCAAAAGAAGAACAGAAAUUCUCAGAAAAGGGGUGCAUUCUUAUCCUCCUCGACGAGAUUCAAGGACGGUAUUGAUCGAACAAAGCGCGGGACGACCCCUGGGCCUGGGGAAUACGACAUACCUUCGACUCAAAACCUACAAGGUGGAUUGAUGGUCACGAAAGAUACCCGAUUUAGGCCGCAAAAGAGUGAAGUUCCCGGUCCUGGGAACUAUGAGCUAAGCCCUCAGUUCGCUCACUCAGUGCUCAAAAGGACAUUUAAUGCAACGCUCAACAAUCCGAUGACACAAUCAAGUUUCGAAGAGGCGAACGAUAAACAAUCAAAAACAAAACAUGAUAUUACCUUAGCAUCGAAUUAAAAUGUAAAA